AUGGCCCAACCGCCCCAACCGACUUCAUUAGGGAGCCUCGCUGGUCCUGGCAAGCUGAGCGCGGUCAAGGACCUCCUGAAUAAACUAGCUGAAGACCUCGUAUCUGCCAGUCUCCGACCCCAAGAGCGUGAUAAUUUUCUUGAGGAGCUAAAGGUGUACGGCCGCGAUCCCAGCUAUGCAGACCCUAUCUUCUCCAAGGAGGGUAUUGAAACCCUGUCCAAGCUUGCCUUCGACAGCCCAUCAGACACCACAUCCCGAAAUGCUAUGAGAAUUCUCUGCAAUUCCCUGUUCUUGAAGCCUGAAACGCGACAGCUAUUCGUAGACCUAGGGUAUGAAGCUAAGGCCUGCAUCAAACUCAAGAACGACAGUCGGGACGACGAGUUUCUUGCGUCCAGGCUUCUCCUUCUCACCACCUACGACACCAAGAUUGACCUUCCAGCACUCAUAAGCCAUCACCAGCUGGCCGAUUCCAUCACACAGAACCUUUCAAGACAUGCGGCUCGAUUUUCUUCGCCGUCAGGCAACACGGCCAAUUCGGACCCGAUGGAGGAGAUGGCCCUGGCUGAAACUCUGAAACUGCUCUUCAAUGUCACCAACUUCGCCAAAGCUCACAUCAACUCCUUCGACACAACGCUCCCCCACAUCACAACGAUUCUUUGCAACCAUGUCCUACCUCAAUUCAAAACACCCCUUGAGCCCGUUUUUGGCCUCCUCAUCAACACCCUCCUCAACCUCGACCUCACCACACCAACCGCCCAAUCAUCCAUCUACCCCCCAACCGAACCCACCCGCGUCGCCAACCGCCUCAUCCAACUCCUCGACCUCUCCAUGAAGUCCUACACCGACACCAGCCUCGACCAAUCCGUCACCCCACUAAUCUGCUCCCUCUCUGUGGUCUACGAGCACGCGAAAAACGACAAGGACACCGGCACCGAUGGUACCGACACGGUCCGGUCCUUCAUCCGCACGACCCUGCUCCCCACCGAAGAGGACCGCAAGAAAGUUCUCGGCCGCACCGACACGCUACCCUCGCGCCUGCUGCGCAACUGGACCAACCCGCUGGCGCCCCAGUUCCGCAGCGCCGUCGCCCACCUGUACUUUGACCUGUCGGGCAAGGACGCGGGCCAGUUUAUCGAGAAUGUUGGGUACGGGUACGCGUCCGGGUUCUUGUUUGAUAAUCAGAUUCCAAUUCCGGCGGGGGCUGUGGAGGGCGGUAAUGGUGGUGGGGAAGGGUCGUCGAGUGAGGCGGCGAGGAGAAGGCCGGUGAAUCCGAUUACAGGGCAGUUUUUGGAUGAGGAGAGGUUCCCUGACUUCCCGGAGAUGACGGACGAGGAGAAGGAGAGGGAGGCCGAGAGGCUGUUUAUUUUGUUUGAGCGGCUGAGGCAGACAGGCGUGGUGUCAGUGGAGAAUCCAGUUGCGACGGCUGUCCGGGAGGGGAGGUUCGAAGAGUUGCCUGACGAUGACGAGCUUGCGGAAGAUGUGGAUUAG